AUGACACCAUUGGCGGCUAUCUACACCUUAGCAACACUUGUCACCAACUUCUUCUUCAUUUCGCCCCAAACGCAUUUCACUAUCGACAUCGAGAACUUCAUUAUGGCAACGUUCGGAAACUAUGCUGGAACCGAAUCCAAAUCGAAAGCUUUCCAUUACUCGCAAGCUGUCAAAUUAGGAAACGUCGUCCGUAUUUCAGGCCAGGGUGGUUGGGAUGCGGAAGGAAACGUAGCACCAAACGCGGCAAAGCAAGUGGAGCUAGCGCUUGAGAACAUUGAGAAGGCUCUACAAUCUGUCGAAAAGGGCGUGUCCUGGAAGAACGUAUACGCUAUUCGAUCGUACCACACAAACAUCGACGAGUCUGCGGACCUAUGUAUCGAAGGCUGGCGACGCGUCAUGCCUGAUCACCGACCGGUAUGGACAUGUGUCGAGAUUACCAAACUUAGUAUCGAAGGCAUGCAAGUCGAAAUCGAGGUGGAGGCUCUCGUUGAAUUGGAGUGA